GAGAUUAUUAAUCGUUUUGCCACCACGGUUUACGAGCCGCUUAAACCAGCUGUUGACAUAUUGAUGUUUCGCUUGCAAAACAAAACUGCAAAUUUGUGUAUAUUCACGAAAAAAUAAAGUUUUAAGAAUUUGCAGCAUGAAAACAAGCGGCGGUGGCUCAUCGGAGGAGCCGAACAAGUCGACACUGGGCAAAAUGAGCAAAAAGUCCACAAAAUCGCGUUCCAAGAAUGCCAAACUAGAGACAGCUAACAAAAAUGCAGUGGCGGCAAAUCUCGGCGUCCCAGUGGGCAGUUUACCUGCCACGCCUACUCAUGUGAAUAUGGCAACAACACCAACAACACCAACAACGAGCUUAGGAAACUAUAAUCUCUUUGAUGCGUCCUUUGCAGGAGCGGGAACAGCACAAGGAAUCGGUGCAGAGACCGCCAACAAUUCCAACAGAUUAGGCCACACAAAGAGCUACGCUGGCUUCGACCCGCGCAGCAUCAAGAUAUUCUGGGAACAGCAUGACCAAACAGACGUCGAACUCUCGCAGGAUGUUUGUGCACGAUUGGCAGAAGAUGCAUCCUACAAAGUUUGGGAAUUGAUCAACAACGUGAAGAUUUAUUCCCGGCACUCAGGUGGUGUCGUCACCUACGACUUGGUCAAUGAAGUGCUCAAGGAUGCAGAUGUGCCGCCUAUGCUGGGAGCAAUGGACAGCGACUGGGAUUGCAUCGACUACGAUGGCAGUUACUUCUAUCACUCCGACAAGAUUUUCGAGCUACGUGACGAGUUCCAGAAGGAUAUUUCGCUCUCGUUGCCGCUUGAUGUGGACUUUAGCUGCUUCUGUCCCAUAGAAGAUAAGAACACAGAGCAUCUAAAGCAAUAUGUUCAAAGUCUAGUGACGGCUGCCAUAUUUGGCGAGAGCAGUGCUCGCAACGUUGCCGUUUCGCAGGCAUUUCAAACUCCAGUGAUGGGGUCUUGCUAUCGUGUGAUUGUCAGCAAAAUGCUGCAGUUGCUCGCUUUUCGGCAGCACGAUCAAGUGAGCCAACGUUGCUGGCGUCUGCUGCGAGCUUGCAACUUCAAUUUCCAGGCGAACCAUUUGAGCUGUCGGCAAGAAUACUUUCAUCUCGCCGAAGUCUUAAUCAGCCAACUAAUGGCGCCCUUUGAGACGAUCAAGUCACCAAAUAUGCAGGUCAAAAUGGAGCUCGAAGAGCCACAGUACUCAAGCGUUGAUCUCGAGCAGCAGCCGCAACAGCAGCAGGAACAGCCUAUUGCGGACUUGGCUUUUGCCAACGAAGCCUCACAGGAGCAGACGAUUUACAAGCUGCAGUUGGACGACAACAGCAACGAUGUUGAUGCCCAGCAACAACCACAGCAAUUGUCCAGCUACUUUGCUACCCCAGUGGGCAACAACUGCGUCGACGAGCUGUGUGAGACCAUUGGCCAAAUGGCAGCUCAAAGUGGUUUUCUGCAUGCCGAGUGUCUGUUCUUAAUAAAGCGACGUUUGGCGCGGUUUUUUGAGGGUCGAGAAGUCUGCAGCGAUCGUGAUUACAAGUACAUCAGUCGUGCUGUCAGAGGACUGAUUGCACUGGGCGAAUACGCUUUUCGGGAGUUCAUUCCAUACAUUUAUAAGCUCAACGUUGAGGAUAUUCCUGACAGUCUUUGGCGUGAUUUAGCGCCAGCUGCCAUCUUUCUAGCUGGUCGCGACGAUAUUCACUUGUACGAGUGGCUGGAGUAUGGCUGUGGAGCAGGCGCCUUGCAGCCCUUCCUUGUUCAUUUUGCCUCUGCUUAUGAAAAGAUGAUCUCGCAGCGUUAUCUGCACGCCAGACAACCCGCCUAUCGCCUUGAAGCACAGCCUGGCGUGCGUCGCCUGGAGUGGAGCACGCUGGCGGCGGCGAUGUGCCAUGGCGAUGAUCCCAGCAAGGCGCUCAAGCCGAAACCAACACUGGCCGAGGCAUUUCCGCAGCUGGUGCAACCGAAUCUCCGACUGAAUUGUGCCGGCACCAUACGAUUCAAGUUCGCCGGCUGUCGCCCGGUGCUGCUAAAGCCCAAAGGCGUGGCGGCUGCCCAGUUCAUGGACUCGCCGUCUACCAACGGAGGAGGCAGUGACAUUGUACACUCUGAUAUUUUAAUUGCACGGCGAAAACUCUUCAAGCCGUUGACGAAUGUGAGGCGUGUGGUGGCCAACAGUGGCUAUCACUACAUGAGAGUCUAAAGAGCGAGAACUGAAAUAAAAGCUAUGCUUUCAACAA